AUGGCGACUUUGGAAGAAUUGGAUGCUCAACAGUUACCGGGUGACGAUGAAGUUGAUCAAGAAAUCUUGAAUCUGCCCACUCAUGAAUUGCAGACCAGAACGAAGCUGCUCGAUAAUGAGAUACGUAUCUUCAGGUCUGAGUUACAGAGGUUGUCGCACGAAAACAAUGUCAUGCUGGAGAAGAUAAAGGAUAACAAGGAAAAGAUCAAGAACAACAGGCAGCUGCCCUAUUUGGUGGCUAACAUUGUGGAAAUUAUGGAUAUGGAUGCAUUGGGAGACAAGGAAAACAGCGAGGCGGUCACUCAGAGUGGGAACUUGAACUUAGAUAACACCGCAGAGGGUAAAGCCGCCGUGGUGAAGACUUCCUCCAGGCAAACGGUUUUCUUACCUAUGGUGGGACUUGUGGACCCAGAUACUUUGAAGCCAAACGAUUUGGUGGGCGUUAACAAGGACUCAUAUCUGAUUUUGGAGACUUUGCCUUCGGAGUUUGAUUCUCGCGUUAAAGCCAUGGAGGUUGACGAGAAACCGACGGAAACGUACUCCGAUGUCGGUGGUUUAGAUAAACAAAUAGAGGAACUGGUUGAAGCUAUUGUGCUGCCCAUGAAACGUGCUGAUAAGUUUAAGGAUAUGGGGAUCAAGGCUCCCAAGGGGGCUUUGAUGUACGGACCUCCGGGCACCGGUAAAACUCUACUGGCUCGUGCUUGCGCGGCUCAGACGAAUGCUACUUUCUUGAAAUUAGCCGCUCCUCAACUUGUCCAAAUGUUUAUCGGUGAAGGUGCCAAGCUAGUCAGAGACGCAUUCGCGUUAGCUAAAGAGAAGGCUCCAGCGAUUAUUUUUAUCGAUGAGUUAGAUGCUAUUGGUACCAAGAGAUUCGACUCAGAGAAGUCGGGUGAUAGAGAAGUGCAAAGAACUAUGUUGGAACUCUUAAAUCAACUGGAUGGUUUUGGAUCUGAUGACCGCGUCAAAGUCUUGGCAGCUACCAACAGAGUUGAUGUGCUGGAUCCAGCUUUGCUGAGAUCUGGUAGAUUAGACAGAAAGAUUGAAUUCCCUCUGCCUACCGAAGACGCCAGAGCCCAAAUUUUGCAAAUUCAUUCGAGAAAAAUGACGACGGACGAUGACAUAAAUUGGCAGGAGUUGGCUAGAUCAACAGAUGAGUUUAAUGGUGCACAGUUAAAAGCAGUAUCGGUGGAAGCAGGUAUGAUUGCCUUGAGAAAUGGGCAAUCCUCCGUCAAGCAUGAAGAUUUUGUUGACGCCAUAGGUGAAGUGCAGGCAAGAAAAUCAAAGUCUGUAUCAUUCUAUGCAUAA